UCUACAGCUUGUUAACACAAUCAUACUAAAAAAAAGAACACCGGAGGGAGUCAUGGAUGAUGAUGGUGGAUUUCAUGAGGUCGAAAAAGAUGGUAAACUAUUUCUGGUAUACCACCACCCAAAAUACCGACCUAAACCACAAAUAAAAAGUCCAUCCUCAUCUGCUGAAGUAGCCAACCACGAUCACCCUCCUCUACCCCUUUUCAUAUGCCCUUUUGUACGAUGGCAAAAAGAUUCUAGAUAUUCCAAUCUUUUCUUGAUCAAUUCUUCUCCUGAGUUUGUCCUCUCUAGUAAAGUUCCUGAUCAUCAUCUACUUCCUUUGUUUUGGUGCAACAAUGAAAAAUUCGGCGACGGUGAGUAUGAAUGCGGUAUAUGCUUUGACUCAAAGUUUCGCACAGAUUAUUACUUUUGUGCUUUUUGUUCUCGAAAGUACCACAAAGAAUGUGUAGAGUCUCCACUUAGAAUUAAACACCCUUACCAUCCUCAUCAUUCUUCUCUCGAACUUUAUUAUCGCAUUGGUUAUACUUAUUGUAUACGUUGUGGAGGUGACAGGGCCUAUGGCUUGAUAUAUCAUUGUACUGCCGAUCAAACUUUCAUGCAUACAACAUGUGCGAUGAAGCGGAUACCCAUUGUUAUAGACCAACAAAAAAUACAUGAUCACCCCCUUACCUUUUUCCCUAGACAAAAUUCAUUAACCUGCAACAUUUGUGGUUUGAUAAAAAAACAUCCCACCUAUGUCUGUCUCAGAUGCAACUUUGUAGCUCACAGAGGAUGUGAAGAGUUUCCACACACCAUCAGGAUAUCACGUCACCACCAUCGCAUCUCCCGUGUUUUAUCUCUUCGUUAUGAAAAGUGGCCAUGCGGAGUUUGUCGUCAAAGUAUUGACGGUAAUUAUGGUGCCUAUACAUGUAACGAAUGUGGUGAUCACUACUAUGCUGUUCACUUGCAUUGCGCUCUAGGAAAAGAUGUGUGGGAUGGAGAAGAACUCAAAGGUGUGCCUGAAAAAGAUGAUAUAGCACAAGAUGCACCACCGUUCUGCAAAAUAUCCGAAGGAGUGGUCCAUUAUUUUCUUCAUGACCAUCAUCUGCGACUCGAGGAAAACAUACUCUAUGAUAAAAACAAGUUUUGUGAAGCGUGUGUCAUGCCUAUCAUUGAAGAUGAAUUCUAUUCAUGUGCGGAGUGUGACUUCAUCCUCCAUGAAACAUGCCUAAAAGCUCGUCGCAGAAUACAAUAUGCGUUACAUCCUCACCCACUUACAUUGAAAGCUAUCGACAAUUAUGAUUCAAAUUACUCCUGGUGCCCAGUUUGUUCCCGUAACUCUGGUGGCUUUGUUUACGAGUGUCCGAAACAGGAAUGUCAAUUCAAGCUCGAUAUGAGGUGUGCUUUAAUUUCAGAGCCGUUUGAUUACCAAGGUCAUGAGCAUCCUUUGUUCCUGUCUUUAGACCCAUACGUAUAUGUAUUAUGCAAGGUAUGCAAAUGGACACAAAAUUAUUCGUUAAAUUGCAUAAAAUGUGAUUUUACUGUGUGUAUGAAGUGCGCCACCUUACCAUACAAAGUAAGGUAUAAUAACGACAAACAUUUUCUCACACUUUCAUGGGGGGAAGAGAGGCGUGAGAAAUAUUGGUGCGAAGAGUGUGAAGAUAUAGUCGAGAAAUUUUUCUAUUGGUGCAAUGAUUGCUGCACCAUCCUUCAUACUGACUGCUUAUUCAGCAAAAAUCCAUAUCUAAAACCUGGUCAAGUUUUCAAAAUAAGAGAGAAGGAGUUCCAAAUUCUCGCCAAAAGUAAUACUUCCCGGCCAAUUUGCCACUUCUGUAAGAAGCCUUGUCAAGGAAAAACACUUGUAAGAGAUAACCUGACAGUGUGUUCGAUGCUUUGCGCGUCUGAUUUUAUGUACUCAUAUUUACAUAUUUAAACAAGUUUUAGUUUU